CGGGGCCGGCCUAGGGAGUGGUGGGUGCGGGCCCCGGCCGGCCUGCCUGCUGCGACAGGUGGGACCCGGGUGCGUCCUCUGCGGGAGCCGGAGUCCCCAGGCACGGCCAGAGACGCUGGGUCACCCUAGUAGAGGAGUGCCUGUCCCUGGCGGCCCGUUUCUCUGGUGCGCCAAACCGGCUCCUCUUUCACUUUCCCGGAGGACUGCUGUCCAGCUCGCCCCGCAGGGUCUCCCUGUGUGCCUGGCAGAUUUCAGAUCUUCCUCUAUUUUAUAUGUGCCUUCCAGAACAUCUCUUGUGGGAUCCACUACUUGGCCUCUGUGUUUAUGACAGUGUCCCCCUACCAUACCUGCAGGCCUCCGGGCAACGUGAGUCGAGUUCUUUUCCACAAUAUCUCUAGCUGGAGGUUGGAGGACAUCUGGAUCCUGUUUUUCACAGGCCAUGACGAUCAGAUUAUAGUGCAGCUACAGAAUGGUGAGGUCUGGGAGCUCACAAGUUGUCACCGAUUCCGGAGGGAUGACAAGUCUGGUUUGAACUCUGAUUAUAAUGGCCGUAAGAGUAGCUUUCCUUGUGUGGAUGGCUACAUCUAUGACAAGAGCAAGUGGGACAGCACCGUGGUGACUGAGUGGAAUCUGGUCUGUAACCGAGAAUGGUUCGCCAAGAUGAUCCAGCCCGCAUUUAUGUUGGGAGUCCUGCUGGGAGCGAUGAUUUUUGGCUACCUUUCUGACAGGAUAGGAAGACGGCUUGUCUUGUGGUUCACAAGCACUGGCAUAUUUUUCUUUGGCAUAGCAGCGGCGUUCUCGUCUGAUUAUUACAGCUUCAUGAUCGCACGCUUUCUUCUCGCUAUGUCUGGAAGUGGCUAUCUCGUGGUGGUGUUUGUCUAUGUGACGGAGUUUAUUGGCGUGAAGUCUCGGACGUGGGCAUGCAUCCACAUGCAUUCCUUUUUUUCCAUUGGAACAAUGGUGGUGGCUUUGACAGGCUACUUUGUCAGGACCUGGUGGAUCUAUCAGAUAGUCCUCUCCACAGUGACUGCCCCCUUUUUCCUGUGCUGUUGGAUCCUCCCAGAGACACCAUUUUGGCUUCUCUCAGAGGGAAGAUAUGAAGAAGCACAAAGAGUGGUUGAUACCAUGGCCAAGUGGAAUAGGGCAAGCUCCUGUAAACUGUCAGAACUUUUGUCACUGGACCUAAAUGGUCCUGUUGGUAAUGAACCCCUUGAAGUUAAGAAGCACAACCUGUUAGAUCUAUUUUAUGACUGGAAUGUUGGAACAAGGACACUUACUGUUUGGCUGAUUUGGUUCACUGGGUGUUUGGGAUUCUACUUCUUCUCCUUGAAUUCUGUUCAUUUAGGAGGCAGUGAAUAUUUAAACCUCUUCCUCAUGGGAACAAUACCGCCAUCUACAUUAUUAUGGUCUCUUUUAGUGUCAUUAUGCUGGAACACAGGUGCAGUGGAAAUUCCUGCCUACAUCUUCAUAUGCUGGGGGAUGGACCGUAUAGGGAGAAGAAACAUUCUGGCCUUCUCCCUUAUCUCAGGAGCACUGCUCUGUGGUGUGGUUAUGGUGAUCCCCAAGGAUCACUUUACUUGGACGGUGGUGGUGACCAUGGCUGGAAAAUUUGCUAUAGGGGCAUCGUUCGGCCUCAUUUACCUUUAUACGGCGGAGCUGUACCCGACCAUGGUAAGGUCGGUGGCCGUGGGAAGCGGCAGCAUGGUGAGCCGCGUGGGAAGCAUCAUGGCCCCGUUCUGGGUUUCUCUCUCCAGCGCUUGGACCUUCCUGCCACAGCUGCUUGUUGGGAUUUUGGCCUUCAUAAGUGGACUGCUAACCCUAAUGCUUCCGGAAACCAUGGGGAGGCCUCUGGCGACGACUUGGGAGGAGGCCACCAAACAGGAUACAGAAAAAGAGAGUUCAGGCAAAUUAUUUCCCACAACCAAUAAUACUGCGUUGGAAAAAGUAGAAGUCAUUGACUCGGGGGUUUCUGGUUUUGGUGAAUAAAUGUGCCGCGUGUGCCGUCUAGCGCCUGAACUAUUGUUUAUUUUCAUGACUUUGUAUUAGAGGAAUAUUAUUCUCAUCUCCUGAAUGUCAUUUGUAUGUCUUUCAAAAUUUUUUUGUAAGAAAAUCCUAAAACAAUUGUUUUGUAAAAGUAAAAGAAAUAAAACCAA